CACGGCUCAGGCUUGUUUUGCCCUGACAGCUGCUUGAUUGCAUUGCUUGCCUGGAAUCAUUUACUAUUUUAGAUUAUUUUAUUUGACAUAGUUGUAUUUUGAAAACAAAAUGCCGUUUUGCAAGAGGAUCGUACGCCCUGUGCAAUUGUGCCGUUUGUACGGCGAAGACAGAAGGCUGUCAGCCUUGGAGAAUCUGAUCGAUGUGUCCAGUUUUACUUUGGGAAGUGUCCUGAGGCAGCUUUCGGCUCUGGCGAGAGAGGCGGUCAGUGUGUUGGAGGAGAUCGAGCUGGAGAUCGGAUCUAUUAGUCACCGGGCGCUGCUACUGGAGGUCAGAAUCAUCGGUCUGCACAGAUAUGUGUCAGCCCUGGCUCUCAGACCUGCUGUACCCUCUGGAUCAAACUUGGAACAGGAGAGUAAGAGGACUGCCCACUUCAAAUCGUUAUGGCAACAAAAUGUAAAUGUGUUCAGCUCCUCUACCAGACCACCCUGUGUGGAGGAAUUGCAUCAAGAAGCGCAGCUCAACCUUCAAGCUCUGCUUCAAGAAGAGUUCGGUGAACCUAUUGUACAGAACGAAGUGGCUGCAAAUACUUUUGGACACAAACCAGUUCUCAACAGAGAGGCUGUUCCUGACAGUUGCCCCAGAAAAGGGGAAAAGCGUAUGGAAUUUGUUUUGAUGCCAAGCACAAGAUCGAGCAGUGAGGAUGAGACAACCACCAUUGGUAUAAGACCACAAGAGCUAUUUCUGAACUCGCCAUCUACACCAGAGAAGCCACACAAGUGGAUUCAGCCCAUAUCACCAUCAACACCAGAGGAAAAAAGGUGGCACCACACGCGAACUACUCAGGUGGAUCUUAUACCUAUCAAUGUGACUGGGGAGACCCUUGAGCGACACGCAAACACACACCAAUCUUUGUUUAACACAGAGACUGCAAUGAACCCAAAGAGUAUGCUGAGGAGGAGACGGACAGUCACUGGCUUGCACGAGUCUAAUCAGCCUCAACAAGGCCUUUCAACAGAAUGUUCUACAUCUCCUCACACACUAACGGCUGCAGAGGCACCUCAGCGUCUCUUUAAUUUUGAUGAAGAUCUUAGUGUUACCAAUGGGAAAAGGGAUUCAGCCAGCAAUGUGAAAACAGGGCAGUCUUUUCCCACAAUGCUCAGGAAGGUACAGAGUGAUCUGGGUCAAAUAACCAACCCAAGUCUAUCUCAAUCUUCAGGGAAUAUCACAUUCACAAUGAACAAUGCACAGACGAGGCACACAUCUCUAAGUGAUCAUAGUUUCUCUUCACUUAACUCUUCUUGGGAUCAAAUAAGAGGAAUUAGUUUUUCUUCUUCCUGGAAUAACUCAAAUGACAUAAAGCCACCAAACUCUGUGUCAACAGAAGCUAUGCAUGCUGACGGAUGUGCUCUGGAAACAUUCAGUCAAACUUAUUGCAAUGGCCAGCCUCUCAAGCAGCAUGCAAUUUGUUCCUCAACUCAAAAGCAGCUGUUGCCUCAUGCUAACACAUCGAGUCCAGGAGACCGAUGUCAUUGCUCAGACAACCGGAUGGAGGAUCAUCAUCAUUCAUCCAGCGGAGCUUGCAAUGGCAGUACAUCAACGUGUGCUCCUCAAAUUUCAGAUGUGGCUUUAUCUGUAUCACUUCAGUGCUUGAAACAUUCUUCACCAUGUGAUUCAGAACUAUCAUUAAAUGCUGGCUCCCAUUCAGAAUGCAAUGUGCCAUUAUCAACCUUUUUGCCAAGGGAAGAUCAAGCACAAAACAGCCGAAGUAAUGCUUUUGACUCUUUCACAUCAGCUAGGGGAGAAACAGCAACAAGGACUCCAAACCUUAAGGAUAUAAGGUCUAAUCAUGAACGAAUUAUCAUUUACACAACCAAUGACCCAGACGAAGAAACAAACUCAAAUCUGGAACUACAAGGUCAUUCUGAUACAAGUACUUGCAAGUUCCGGGAGAGGUCAUUGUCAACUCCAACAGAUUCUGGAUCAUGCUGUUCAUCAGAUGCAGUCAGAAGUUAUGACUCCAAGUGUUAUGAUCACACCCGACGACAUAGUGAAAAUUACAUCAUGCGUUAUCCAAGUGCCAGCUCAGAAGAAAGCCAAAGUACUGAGAAUGUCUCUGUGAUAACAGAUCAGGAAGAGUCACAAAAAUCAAGAGCUCGGUCAAGAAGUAUCUCCCUGAAAAAGCCAAAGAAGAAGCCUAUUCCACCAGUGCGCAGUGUUUCUCUAAAGAAAUACGAAGUUAGCCCUAAACUCAAAGAAAUUGCACCAAGCAUCUCACCUGAAGAGAUUAGGCCUAUAAAGCUCUUUCUCCAUCCAGAGAAGCAAAUCAAUCAAAGUGAAUCAAUAGACAGCAACGAAUCGAGUGGUUUUGUAUCAGAUGCACGUUCUAGUUCUGCUACACCCACACUGAGAGAUGGAGAACCCAUACGGUACCCAGAGCAUUGGUUUCUAAAUGAUUGGAAAUCCAAUGAUCCGUACAGAUCAUUAUCAAACUCUAGUACUGCUACGGGUAUAACAGUAAUUGAAUGUGCAAAGUCACGUGGUAGUUCUGAAUCCUUAACAUCUCCAUUUAUUUCGAGGGCUACAACACCAUCCCAAUUGUCUGUGGAGGUUGAAUCUAAAAUGACAUCUCCAGGGAAGCUUCCUGGUCUGAUGUCACCAUCUAGUGGUUACUCAAGCCAGCCAGAAACUCCAACAUCUGCUUUCCCUAUGUCUGUUUAUCAAGGCCAUAUCGUGCAACCAGUUGGCAAACCAAAGCCCAAGGUGCCAGAGCGGAAAUCUUCAUUGCAGCCAACUUCUCCUAAUGAGAAGAGCCCAAGGUCAAAACAUGUUUUUGACCUACCCAUAACUCCACCUCCUCAUUUGGAUCUAUCUGGGCUUAAGCUACCUUUUAAAGGCAAAUCCAAAGCCAGCAGACGACACUCUGAUUCUUCAAAUAGUACGAAACUUAGCCAGAAGCAUAGCCCCAAUCAACCUUCUAUGCCAAUCAUAACACAGACUGUUUUAGAGUCAGUACGCCUUCGCUCAGUCAGCAGAUCAGAAACAGAGGAUAAUUCAAAGAUUUUAAUUUCACCACAAAAAAUCCACACCGAGUCCUCUGAACUACCUGAGAAAAAGGUCCGUCCGCCUGUUCCUGGAAAGCCACCCAUGUCAAAGAGGCCUUCAAGUAUUGUACUGAAGGUUUCUCCCACGGAGCACCCAACUCACAUCACUUCACCGCCUUCAGAGGCAACUUCCAAAAGAGGUUUUGUCACAGUCUUUAGAAAAGUUGGGGUAAAGAGACAGGAGUCUAUUGAAAGUGCAACAAGUCAGAAACCACCUUUGGCAUCACCCAAAACUACGUGUCCACAAUCAAACAUUCUGCAAAGUAACCAUAUGGACACAAAACAAACAAGAGAAAUACCAGCCACCACCGAUGAGAGUCCAGGGGAAAGUUUCGCAGCCCUAACCAGGAGCUCCACUCAGUAUACUGAGAAGAAGAAGACUCCUCCACCUGUCCCUAAGAAACCAAAUGUGCUGAUUGUACCAACAAAUACAGCACACAUACUCGUAGUCACAGAGCGCCCAGGGUGGAGUCCGCAACGCAGUCCAGCUGCUACUCCAGAUUCCAACAGUGCCAAUGUCUCACUUUCCCAAGUUGUAUAUGAAAGAGAUUUGGAAGUGUCUGACAUGAAUGUAUCACAUGAUUGGAAAACUGCUCCAAGUGCUGAGAAUAUACCAUGUACUAGCGUUCAUUCUGGGGACAGCAGGAAGAAACAAUACAACGAUGGAUUUGGCCUGUGCCAAAAUAUAAUGUCGAGCACUGCUCCAGGGCAGAAUCCCACAGACAUUUCCUUGAAUCCAGCUGCUAAACAGAAAAGUCCCACAGGUACACAGAGUGGAGACAUUGUAGUGGAGGAUGACGAUGAUGUGUUUAUAUCCUCAGGUACCCAACGUUCCACUGAAGAUCUCUUCACUGUUAUUCACAGGUCAAAGAGGAAAGUGCUAGGAUGGAAGGAGCCUGGAGAAGCAUUCAAUGUCAGGCAUGUGGCUGUUUCACCUGUUAAACCACCUACGACACCUCCCAGCAGUGGACUCAAGGUUUCCCCCUCAGCGAGUGGGAAUGGGAUCAAAGUCAGCACCAGCAAUGAGAACUUUAAGGCCUUAUUACAAAAGAAGGGCAGCAAGCCUGCGUCUGGUACACGCAUGUCUGCAGCUGAGCUCCUGAAAAGCACCAACCCUCUUGCGAGAAGGAUUGCAACGGAAUUUACACAGGAGUCGGAAAGGUGCCAGCCCAUACUGGAUCCUGUGUCUUCUGAAGAUACUUCUAAGUGUUAGAGCUCUACCAAUUUACCAAGAGAAAGGAGAGAGGAUCAAUGUCAAGCUGUCUUAUUGAAUGUACAUUUUUAAUUUUUGCUCUAUCCAUGGAGCCAUUAUACUGGUCCAAGGAAAGAGGAAGCUUUGCACAAACCUGUGAAUGCAAACUCAAGUGAUGAUGUGUUCUUCAUUUGGAAAUUUACAGAAUGUCAAAAUUUAAGUGACAUUUUUAUUUCAACCAAUCUUUUGGAUCAAGAACUCUGAGGAAGUUUGUCAUUGUAAAGUGGAGAAUAUGGCAUGGCCUAAUUGAUUUGAAUUAGUUUUAGUUAGACUGGAAAAGCCUGGAGCUUUGGAAAAAAUGUAUAGCAGACAAUCUACAUUCCAGCCUGUCAGUCUAAGUGUACUAAGGCCUUAUUGGGAAUUGACAAUUUAAAAUUUCCUUGGGCUAUACUAUGAGCAAAAAUGCUUAAGUUCUGAUUGUAAAUUUAACAAAGAACUCCAGUGAUUAUAGUUUAUCAAUGUUAAUCAGUCCAGCAGUAAAUUGAAUCUGUGGGAAUUUUUUUUUAAAAGAGUUUUCGGAGUCUGAAAACUCCAAUACGACAAGAAACUUUGGAAGAAAAUGACACGUUUAGUGUCAUGCUUCAGCUUCUCACUGCCAUUUGGUCCAAAUUUGUUCUGUGAGUCUCAACCCACAGUGAAGAUUCAGGAAAGGAGAAACUCUCUCUUUUUAAAAUUGCAAAAUACCUGGCUUCAUUCUACGACUGAGAGACUAUGCCCACGUGUACCGAGGUUCGUGGACUCUACGUUGUCUUUCCCUGCAGCUUCCCUCGAAAGAAAGCCAUGGAAACAGGAAGAAAGGCAAAAUUCAGGGUCCAGGAAUUUAUUGCUGAGGUCUUGAAAAUGGAUAGUAAUAUGAUGUUUUUGGCUAUUUGCUUAAGAAGCAGUUGUUUGCCUGAUCUGUAAUGUUUAUUGGAAUAGUGCCUCCUAUUAAGUUGUUAAUUUUAUCAAUAUACUGUAAUCUGUAUUAUGGCAUUGAUAUAUAAGAGUUAUUUCAAAGUCUUUUGAUUGUACAUCAAAGGUAAACCUUUGAAUUUGAAAGCUUUUAAAAGGCCUUGGUGUUGCCUUUACCAUGAUAUAUAGCAAUGAUCUGAAUGUAGAAACCCUGGAAGGUUUAAGCCUUGGUUUGAGGGGGUCAGUGGUUCCCACUGGUUCUAAUCAUACAUACAAUUCAAAUAUUUCAGAAAGUCUUAGUCCAUGUGUUUCUUUUAUAUUUCCUUUUGCUCGUUAGAUAAACAAUCUCUAUGAAAAGUGAACCGCAAAAAAUUCUCAUGUUAGAUCGAGAGCUACACCUAGACUCAUGCCAGUCCUUCGUAGAACAGUACCUCUCCACCCACUGCCAGUGAUAGCUGCCUUCUGCUGAUAGCCUGUGAGCCAACUGCCAGUAAUAAGCUCUCUGAAACCAUGGCCAGUGAUGUGCCUGAGCCCACAGGCAGUGCUGUGCUUUCUUCAACACAUACCCCAGAGAAAAUAAAAAAUCAUAUUUGGAAAUAAACAUACUGGUCAUACGGGACUUCCAUUUUGAGAUAAACAAGCCAAGUUAGACCAUUGUCUCAGCCCAAGUUUAACCAUUUUAUUUUCUCUGGGAAAGCCAGUUUUGGGCUCCACUCUGCUGAAAGCCAGUGCUGUGUUUUUGGCACCUCCAAAUUAGAACGGUGCCCAUCCUAGUCCUUGGGCCAGAGUUAUGGUUAUUGUAGUGCACCUUUUCUCAAUAAAAUAACAAGGUGGUAUGCAUCUGUGGUUUUGCCGCUUAUCACCUUAUGCCUUUGUCUUUAUCCCAAUCCAAAUUAGUAAUCUUACUAUCUCGACACUGAGCCACUGCUUUGUUUAUUCCUUUCGAGAACCACAGUUAUAGCCAUUCCAGAUCCCUGAACCAGGUCUGUGCACAAUGACUCCUCAAUCUUUGGCAGUAACUUCAUAUUUGGCACAGGAGAUAGAAUCAUUAACCCACAUGUCCUGCAGGUAAUUAGAAAUAUUAAUAGCAUAAUUAGGUUAACAGAGUUUGUUAAAUUUUAUUUUGCUCUAACCACUGAGGACAAGCUGGAUAUCACUAUCCCAACCAUUGGAGAACACCUUAGCAUACCUCCCAGUCCCUGUCUAAGUUUCAAAUUUAUCUCAGGGUACUCUGUGUCAGGAGGAAAUUAUAAACUUAAGGAAAUAAUGGAGUUAAAUACCUCCGAUUAGUUAAAGUAUAUUAGUAAUGGAAAAACUCUGUCUUCAUAAUUUGCACAGGGUAGUUUAUUAUCUGAGUGAGUUAAACCUUUUCAGUUCAUUGAUUGAAGCUUUCUGUAAAUAGUCAUAUUUUUAUUUUAUCUUAUUCUUGAAUGUAUGAGAUUCCCUCUGCCCACCUCAAGUGUCAAACAUUGAAAGCAUCACCAUUUCUUCACAUGAGUGCGCUAAUGGUGUCACAUCAUGGUGGGGCUGAGCAAAUGCACCUUGUUAUAAAAGGCAUGUUCCACCAUGUCAGAAUGCAGUGAGCAUUUGUCCUGUGAAUAGUAAGAGAUGAGUGCACUUAAUUCAGGAGGACUCCGUGGCUUUGUUUCUGUGAUGUCUUGCACUUAAAUAUUUGAAAUGAAUUGUGCGCUUUAAAAGUGUCUCAGGAAAUUGGGAAUGAUCUAUAGUUAUUUUUUCAUAUAUUAGAAAAUGCAUUUGCCUCCCCCAUAGCUUGGUGUGAUAUAUAUAUAUAUAUAUAUACAUAUAUAUAUAUUAACUGUAUAAUCUUUUGGGACAAUCAUUAAAAAAAAUGAAGCAAAUUUUAU